GUAGCUCUCGCCGACAGCGCACGCAAACAGGCUCACACACGGGACACACCUCCAUAGCGGUCACUUCACCCGAGAGUGAGUUCGAGUCGUCGUGAGAUUCCUCCUUGCUACGUACAGUCCGGCAGCUCCAGCAAGAAACGGGGCAUGGACUUCGCCGCAGACUUCGACGGCUUCGCCCUCAACUUCAUCCGCGAGCACCUGCUCAGCGGUGAUUGCGGCGGCAUCGCCGCGGUGGAUAGCCCAAUGGUUUUCGACGACGUCACCUUCCCCGAGCUGCCGCCUCAGCCGGAGUUCGAGCCCAUGUCGUUCUUGCUGCCGCCGCAGGAGCAGCAGCAUCAAGUUAUCAUGGGCACGGACCUGACCCACGAGUACAUGGGCGGUGCCCCCGCUGCACCCGCGGUCGGCGAGGCGGCGGCGCUCCAAGAGCAGGAACCAGUGGCACCCGUGAUCAUUAAGUAUGGGACCGAGCGCUCGUCCGCCGUCAGGAAGCCGCUCACCAUCUCCGUGCCCCCAAGCUCGUACGGGUGGGCGGCAACGGCGUCGGCGUCCGCGGCCGCGGCGGCAGCACCGGCGCCCGCGGCAGUUGUCGAGGACUUCCGCAUGUACCGCGGCGUCCGGCAGCGCCCCUGGGGCAAGUACGCGGCGGAGAUCCGCGACCCGAAGCGCCGGGGAUCGCGCGUGUGGCUCGGCACGUACGACACGCCCGUCGAAGCCGCGCGCGCCUACGACCGGGCCGCGUUCCGCAUGCGCGGUGCCAAGGCCAUCCUCAACUUCCCGAACGAGGUCGGCACCCGGGGCGCCGACUUCUGGGCCCCGCCGCCCGCUCCGGCGACGAAGGCCGCCGCCGCGACGAGCAAGAGGAAGCGGAAGCAGCUGGAGGACCCCGACGACGUCGAGGUGGUCGCGGUGGUGAAUAAGGCAGUGAAGGUCGAUGCGCCGUGGUCAUCGUCGCCCCUGGUGUCCUCUUCCAUCUCGCCGUCGUCCAUGUCGACGCGCGAGACCACCGCCUCAUCAACAGUGACGUCCACUACAUCAGAGACGGGCGCCGGUGCUGAGUGGCUUCCCGUGACGCCUUCGAGCGGGACCUGCGAGCAGUACUGGGAGGCUUUGCUCAGCGGCCUGCCGCCGCUCUCGCCACGGUCACCGAUCCCGACGUUGGGGUUUCCGCAGCUCCCCGUUAAUUGAAGACCCCUGUUUAUUUGGAUUGCCAAGGAUUUUGGCCUAACCAAGGAAAUUGUCUCAGCUCCCUUCCAAUCCUAGGGAAUCGGCACUAAACCUCAUCCGCCAAGAUGCUAAUAAGCUUUGU